CACGAUAACGAAAAAUUGAACCAUCGAUGGCAUUCCAUACUACGGGAAGUUUUUUCCAAUGAAACUGAUCCACAAUUAUAUAAACCCCAUGGCCGCCAUGUAUUCAUCACACCAUUCUAAUUGAUCAGAUCAAUAUCACUACGAUAUUUCGUCAAAAAUCCACCACGAAAUCACCACAAUGGGCUCCACUGCUGUUGAAUUCAAGAACCCUGCGACCUCCACUCUGCUGGAGGUCGUCAAGGCCCGCCGGACUUACUACGGUCUGAAGGCGGAGAGCCCCAUCUCCGACGAUGCCAUUGAGCGUAUCGUCCAGGACUCCGUGCUCCACGUCCCCAGCUCUUUCAACACCCAGACUUCUCGGAUUGUUCUGCUCCUGAAGGAGGAGCACAAGAAGGUAUGGGACAUUGCCAUCAGCGCCAUGGAGGGCCUGGUUGCCGCUGGACAUGUGCCCAAGGAGAUGUUUGAGAACCACACCAAGCCCAAGCUGGAUGCCUUCCGCGCCGCUUACGGAACUGUUCUCUUCUUCGUCGACUACGAGUCUCUCGCUCCCAUCAAGGAGAAGUUUGCCAUCUAUGCCGACAAGUUUGAUCCCUUUGCGCUGGAGUCUAACGCCAUGUCCCAGUACCUUGUGUGGCUCGCUCUUGAGACUGAGGGCUUCGGUGCUAACCUCCAGCACUACAGCCCCCUGAUUGACGAGCAGGUCACUAAGACCUGGAACCUGCCUGCCUCUUGGAAGUUGGACGCUCAGCUGGUCUUCGGUGUCCCUACCUCUGAGCCCGGCGAGAAGACCUUCGAGCCCCUCGAGAACCGCUUCAAGGUUUUCGGCAAAUAAGCAUUAUGAAAUACUUGUGACUUUAGCGCUACAACUAGAACAAUUCAAUCAUACACCUAGACUUUAUUCCACAU